AUGGGCUCUGGCGGGCUUGUGGCGCGGCGACUCGGGUCGUUGCUGUGGUGCAGGGCCCUUUCCCCGGGAGCUGGGCCUGCGGCAGGCGCGGGGCCCCGGCUUGGGCUGCUGGCCGCGGGGUGGCAUAAGGCGGGACAGGCGCUCGACCGGGCCUGCCUGACUCCCGAUCACGCGCGCGGCCUGCACGGCGGACCCGGCCUGGAGGAGCGGGCUCAGGGGGCAGCCGGUGAGGGGCAGCCGGAGUCAAGCACAGCAGAUCAUACUGGCCCCAAGUUUGACAUCGAUAUGCUGGUUUCACUUCUGAGGCAAGAGAAUGCAAGAGACAUUUGCGUGAUCAAGGUUCCUCCAGAAUUGAAAUACACAGAUUACUUUGUGAUUGGUAGUGGAACAUCUACCCGACACUUGCAUGCCAUGGCCUACUACAUUGUGAAAAUGUACAAGUACUUGAAAUGUAAAAGCAAACCUCAUGUUAAGAUUGAAGGGAAGGACACUGAUGACUGGCUGUGUGUGGACUUUGGCAGCAUGGUGAUUCAUUUGAUGCUUCCAGAAACCAGAGAGACCUAUGAAUUAGAGAAAUUAUGGACCCUACGUUCUUAUGAUGACCAGUUAGCUCAGAUAGCACCUGAGACAUUACCCGAAGACUUCAUUCUUGGAGUAGAAGAGGACACUUCAUCCCUGACUCCAGUGGAGUUCAGAUGA